UCGCACGUCUUUAAGACGGCUCUUCUGCGUUCAUUCACAAGCUCUCCAGCCAUGAAGCUCAGAACUACAUCUGUCCUGCCGCUCGCCUUCGUCGUCGUCACCAUCAUCAUCCUCACCAGCACCGAAGUGGAUGGCAUUCCCAGCUGUUGUGUGAGACUUUCAAAGAACAUCCCUCGGAGCAAGCUGCGUUUGGUCACCAAGCACGAGAUGCAGCUCAAGUCUGGAGUGUGUGACAUCGACGCAGCGAUAUUGCACGUCGGAAAGCAGAGGAUCUGUGUUCAUCCUAAAGUCUUAAAACUUUUGAAGAGACUCAAGAAGCAACGCAAAGCCAAACGGAUUCAAGCUAAGAUUAAAUAAACAUCAUCAUCUGGUUUAUGAGGCACUCGCUGGAUUGCAUGUUUUAAUAUUUUUUUACUAUAAACUGUAUAUAAUCUCUGAAUACUCUGCUCUUUCAUGCAAUAAAAUGCCUUUUUUUAAAAUGAAA